UCAGCAAAUCCACAAGGCAGACAGAACUCACAGCAGUCACCACUACAGAGACCAAGAGGGAAAUUUCACUGACCCACUGCGGAAAACUAGACCACAGUCGUUCCACAGAGUAAGUAUGUGAAGACCCAACAAAUGCAAAAUCAUACUUACUAAAAUCAUCAUGCUUCAGUCUGGUCUUCCUGAUGUAAGUGUGGAAACACUUACAUAAAUGGAUUUUCUAGCUUUAAGUGUACAUGCUAUUUAACCACUUAAGCACAUUACAUGGGCUACAGUUGCAAGACCUGUGCAAUGCAGUAGGUAAAGUAGUUGUUAGAUGUUUUCAGUAUACCCACGUUUUUGCGUGUGAUCUCCCUUGUCUUCGUGUCAAUACCACAAGCUCAGCAUGAUGCUGGACACAGAGGGUCAGUGGUCUGAGGCAUUGGCCAGCAAUAACAUAAAAGCCAUCAUCUGCUGGUUGAGGAAGUUUACAGCUGAAGGUUAUACUGAUGUGGGGGAAAUCACUCCAGCAUUUAGCUGCUGGGUACAGCGGACAGCAGAGUUUGCUAAAAAGGAGUUAUUAACCUUAUGCUUCAGCUGUUGCCAGGGUCUGUGGAUGUUCCUGGACCGCGGCUCCUUCACUAGAGUGCACAUGUUACUCCAAAAAUUAAGGAACCUGCUUACAUUAGCCCAGUGGGGAAGAAAACAUCUCUGCUCAGCCCACCUCUGGCAUGGAGCGGGAGUCCCAUGUGUGAUCUGCAAGGACACAUACAGCUCCUCAGAGAUCCGACCUGGCUGCUGGAACAGAGAGCAGAGGAUGCUGAUGCAACACAUCUGGGUGGGACAGCUGGUUCAGUGGUGGGGCAUCAUGGAGCUUCUGCCAAAGUUUCCUGAGACCCAAGAAGUGAAGCGUAUCACUCAGAUGUGGAAGGAAAUGGAUCACAGCCACCGAAAAGCUGGUCUUGAAACACAGGGACGGGAGGAGGGAGAAAUGGGAAGAUUCAAGUCUUUGAUACAGAGCAUGGUGACACAGCUAUGCGAACAACAUGGGUGCAUUUGGAUGUCUGGAGAUUGCACAGAUCCACGUUAUCCUCCCCCUAAUCUGCAGACGCUGUUGAAGCUCGUGCUGAUCCCUAAUAUCGACAACAUGUCAGUCCAGGCCAUUCUCAUGUACUUCAUCCUGGAUGUGGCAAAUUUCCUACAGUGCAAAGAUGACCUCCUUCAGGCUUUUUGUCAUGCGUUUACAAUUCCAUCAACCUUCUCCCAACAAAUCAGAGCCUUCUGGAUGCUUGAUCAUGGACACACUGAGGCUUCCAUGGAGCUAUUACUGAGCCCAAAGGCCUCUGUUCCUACCCUCUCCUGGCAGCAUCGUUGCAUCAUCCAUUGUCUCCUGACAAGGAAACAGCCUCAAGAGGCAUUACGGUACCUCCAGUGGGCCAGGCCUGCAGUAGAGACCACUGAUGAUGCCAAGCUGUUUGCAGAUGUACUUAUUCAAAGCAGUUUUAACUCUGAUGCUUGGGCUCUGUUGAAGAGAGGCCACACAGAGACUGAAGAUAUGAGCAAAUACUUCCUCCAAACUUGUAAAGGAGUUGGCCUGUGCACAGAGGCUUUAAAGUACAUUCUUGUUGAAAACAAUAAUGAAGAAGAUGGAGCUGAGACCACAGAGGUGACACGGAUGAAGAAAGAAAUGCCACUAUGUCCGCUGUCUGCCAAGCUGUACCGGGCUCAGAAAGCUGGCAAAGUAUCAACAGAUGAGCAGGUGAAAUUGGUCAGAAAGGCUGUGAAGGAAGUGAGAAAACCACAUUCCAAGUUGAGGGAGGUAGUGUGGCCAGAGCGCACAGAGAGAAAGCCCAACAGCAAGCAAAUGCUUUUGCCCACCGAGGCUCUGCGUCUACUCACAUGCAGCUCUUUGCCAGUGCACAUGGCAAUAGAAACACAGCAAACAGCACAUACAGCUGACCCAGAAGGAGAACAUCCUUUGAUUUACACUCAGCAGCAGCAGCUGGAGACUCAAGAGAACAUUUUUUCUUCUGAGGAGGAUCUAAGAUCCGUGUCUGCCUCAUCCUCUACCUCAGCUUCACCCUUGCCUCUUAUGAAGUGGGACCCGCUUCACACAUUUAAAAGCACUCUGACCCUGCAGACGAUUUCCUCUCUGCUGAGGGAUAGAAGUAGCCAAAGCAGGGGACAAGAAGAGCACAGACCCCACUCAUCAGCUGGUGUUUUCCUAAAUAUCCCUGAGCUGGUGCUGACACCAGAUGGCGCCACAGAGCCUAUUUCCUUCAGCAGCUUGAACAAAGACAGCAUGGUAGAGCUGAUGCUUUCUGCACAUGUGGGAGAAGAUGAUGAAGCAGAUGUUUUUCUGGAAGAAGAUACUAUCGGGGGUGACGGGCUUUCAAGACCUUCCACAUAUGAAAGCCUUCUUUCAGACACAAGUUUCACUGAGGUAGCUCCAACUCACUGCGUCCAGACAAUGAAACCUCAUCAGCAAGAGGAACCACAGGGAUGCUCCAGCCAACACCUCCCCUGUACCCCAGCUGAAACAACCCACGACAUGCUGACAGAUCUUCAUCAGAGCCUUGUUUUGGAUUGGUCUAUACCCAGGAGUUCGCCAGGGAUGGGUGAGCAGGACAGCUCCCUCCUCUUCUCUGUGUGUAGCUCCACCUUUCUUUACACAUCUGUGAACCCCAGCCCAACGUGCAACACUGAAACUACCUCGGUUUAUUUGGGCACAAAGAAUGAGCGCCUCCCUGAAUCCAUAUUAAAAACUAAUGAAUCCUCUCACUCAGCCUGGCUCGAUCAUUGCAAAAUGGGCAAAUGGUGGAAACAGGAUGCUGAGAGUUGUAGUGUUUCCAGGUGUCUCACAAAUGCUACAGAGCUAAGAGCUGCUAUUGCAGCAGGUGCAUUUUCGGAUCACAAAAAGUCUAAACAAAUAAUAAUAUACCUCUAAAACUAUGCACGAAUCUAUGCAGCCAUUUGGUGCACACUGAUCAGCAGAGAUAACAAGACAUGUUGCCUGCUCAACCUUUAGAGCUCUGAAAACAAUUCUAUCUUUUGCAGUGUGUGUGUGUGUGUGUGUGUGUGUGUGUGUGUGUGUGUGUGUGUGUGUGUGUGUUAAGGGCAGACCUAAUUGUUUGUCAGAGGAGCUGCAGGGGUGCAAGAUGCAGGCACCAAAAGCAGGGGGGCUUGGCUGCUAGGAGAGGGAGAUUGGAGAGGAAGUGAGGUGUCAGAGAUUGGUUCCUUUAACCUUGCUGCAGCAUUCAGUGAUCCAUUAAACAGCAUCCCCUCCCUCCCUCCCCCACGUUUUCUGUCAAAGGGUGUACCGUCUACCACCGCAGGCAGACCUCCCUCCAUCUGCUGAUCACCGCUGAGCCUCAGGGAGCGAUGGCCUGUUGGCCCGCACUGAUGCC